UAUAGAUAAAUUUUGUGAUACACAUUUGAGGGUCUUAAAAUAAACAUUUACUUUGUGUGACGUUAUCUUUCGAAUUUAUCUGUGGAUCCCUAUAUAUAACGUACAUUUCUUUAGGUUAUUCUGUAAAUUUCCUAUGACGUUUCGUGAAGCGAUGAGAUUGCCUUAUCAAUUAAAAUUGUCACAUUCGAGAGACUUCAAAUAUUAAAUAUAUAAUGUAAUGUUAUCAAUUACAUAUCAAAUGUAUAGUCAAUCAUGGAGAUCGACUAAUGAAACGAUGAGAUAAAGCAAAGAUAAUUUUUAUGGAUGUUGGAGAUAUUGACUAAUAUUAAAAUGUAGCACUGUAUGCAAAUUUUGUAAUUAAUAUCUUUAUAAAAUGAGAUUUAUAAUUGAAUAUGUACGUGAGAUAAUUCGAAAGCGAGUGAUAUAUAUGUAUAACGGAGAUCAAACCUGAUGAGAACUAAUGAUUGUCAUGUUUAAAUUUUUUCGUUCAAGACCUGAAGGACAUAAAUGAACUGUAGCUAACGAUCCACUAUAUACAAAUUCGAUUUUGAAGAAUGAGUUUACUCUCGUGAUAAAGAAUUAUAUUUUCAAUGAAAAAUGCGACUAUAGAUGGCAGCACUUGAGUCGCGUCGGACAAACUUAGUGCGGGAAAACAAAAAGAAAGGAUGCGAAAUGCGCUAAUAAGCACUCUGCUUCGACGAUGCAACAACGUCGCUGUUCGAUGUCCGCGAAAUAUCGCGGACACGCGUCGUCGCUGCUAUUCAACGAAACCUGAAUUAACAUCGAUCAGAUAUAAGGUACAACGUGGACCCUACAACAUGAUUUCGAGUGCGGAUAUUCGUUUUUUCGAUUCAUUGAUGGGGCCUAAUCGUAUCAUCACGGAUCCAGAUGAAUGCGAGAGUUACAAUAUUGACUUUCCCAGCACGGUCAGAGGUGCCAGUCGAUGUGUGCUAAAGCCAAAAUCAACAGAAGAAGUGUCAGCUAUAUUAAAAUAUUGCAACGACAAAAGAUUAGCGGUUGUUCCACAGAGCGGAAAUACAGGCCUCGUGGGAGGAAGCAAUCCGGUUUUCGAUGAGAUCGUGAUUUCCAUGACUUUGAUGAAUAAGAUCUUGGAAACGAAUGAAUUGGCUGGUGUUCUUACAUGCGAAGCUGGCUGCAUUUUACAGGAUUUGGAGAAUCACUUGGCUACAAUUGGGAUGAUGAUGCCUUUGGAUUUGGGAGCUAAAGGCAGUUGCUUAAUUGGAGGAUGUGUAUCAACUAAUGCGGGAGGACUGCGAUUACUACGUUAUGGCAAUCUGCAUGGCAACAUUUUGGGAGUCGAAGCAGUAAAAGCAAAUGGUGAUGUUGUAGAUGCAUUAAAUACGCUAAAGAAGAAUAAUACAGGGUAUCACCUAAAGCAUCUCUUCAUUGGUUCUGAAGGUACUUUGGGAAUUGUGACAAAAGUAGCUAUACAAUGUCCACCUUUGCCAAAGGCUGUACAAUUGGCAUUUUUAGGAUUGAACAGCUUUGAUAAAGUAUUGAAAACAUACCAUCUGGCGAAGCGUGAGCUAGGUGAGAUUCUGUCCUCUUGCGAAAUGAUGGAUCGACUAUCUAUCGAUGUCUCCAUUAAUAAUUUGGGCAUGAAAAAUCCUUUGACAAGCCGUGAGAACGGUCACGACUUCUACAUGCUUAUCGAAACUUCCGGUAGUAAUUUGGCCCAUGAUGAAGAGAAACUUUCUUCUUUCGUGGAGAAGGCAAUGGCCAAUGACAUCAUCGAAGAUGGUACCUUGACCAAUGAAAUGGCGAAAAUUAACACUCUAUGGGCACUUCGGGAAAGAAUCAGCGAAGGAGUUUUACGUGAUGGUUACGUCUUCAAGUAUGACAUUUCCUUACCUUUCACAUCGUUUUACAAAGUCGUUGAAGUUCUUCGAGAGCGAAUAUGCGAUCCUCGUGUCAUUAGGAUCAGUGGUUACGGCCAUUUAGGUGAUGGAAAUAUUCACGUGCAGGUCUCCAUACCAGAGUUUUAUGCGGAUGUGGCUGCGCAAUUGGAACCGUUUAUCUUCGAAUUUGUGUCACAAUGUCAUGGCAGUAUCAGCGCCGAACACGGUAUAGGUUUCAAAAAGACUAAAUAUCUUCAUAUGAGCAAAACCCCGUCCGAGAUCGCUAUAAUGUAUGAUUUGAAGAAACUGAUGGAUCCAAACGGCAUUUUGAAUCCUUAUAAAAUUUUAAUGCCAGUUAUGGCGGAAUCCUAAAAAUAAUCUCCACGCAAAAAUAAUGUAAAUAUUCAAUGUGCCAUUUAAAUAAAAUAGGAAAUGAA